CACGAGCCUUUCCCUCUCCUCAUUUCUCUGAUCGAAAGGAAGCAAUCGGGGCAGGAAGAUUAGUUUCGGCGUUCGGAUCGAAGCCCUCGCCCAUUGAUUGCGCGUUUUCGGUUCUUCCUCUCCGGUGAGAACCGAUCGCCAAGGGUCGAUCUUCCUCCGUCUUUUCUGCCCUUUUCUGGGUAGAAAUCAGCCAUCGAUCGAAGGAAACCCUGAUCGCUUCUUUUGUUCCCUUCUUGCUGGUUUUGCUGAAUUUGGAAGGUUCAGUGUAGGGUUUGUUCUCGAUGCUGGAAGCUUCCCUUGGGUCCUUGAUGGGGUUGUAGGAUCUGAUCAGUUCUUGGGAUUUUUAUUUGGGCGUCGCUUCCUCAAAUCUGUGGGGAGCAGAUGGCCGUAGUCGAAGAUGGGUUGUAGCGUUUGAAGGAAAGACUCUCGCUGUUCUUUUUCUGCCUUCCUUCUUAGAGGCAAAAGGGGCUUCUGUGGUCAUCUUAGUUUGGGAACGACGAUGUCGUCGUCCGCCCUCGUCGCACUCAGCCCCAUCCGGGACGAUUUCCCGCUGUCCCCUGUACGUUUCGACGGCAGCUGGUCGCCUCAUUGCUCAUCGGAGUCCAUCCUGAUCUAUCUUGCCGUCCCUGGGUCGUCCGUGAUUCCGAUGCAGGUAUCGGAGUUCGAUUCGAUCGCCUCCGUGAAGCUCCGGAUCCAGAACUUCAAGGGUUUUGUUGUCAAGAAGCAGAAGCUGGUGUUUGAUGGGAGGGAGCUGGCGCGGAAUGAUAGCCUUGUUAGGGACUACGGCGUGACUGAUGGCAAUGUCCUGCACCUUGUAAUUAGGCUCUCCAAUCUCCGUUGCAUCACUGUAAAAACCACCUGCGGCAAGAAGUACAACUUCCAAGUUGAACGGAGCCGUAACAUUGGGUAUAUCAAACAGCAGCUGGUUAAGAGGGGAAAAGAUUUGAGCAGUCUUGUGGACCAUAAGCUCAUAUGUGAUGGUGAGGAACUCGAUGAUCAGCAAGUGAUUGAUGACAUCUGUAAAAACAACAAUGCUGUCAUCCAUUUGCUGAUCUGCAAAUCCGCAAAAGUUAGGUCAAAACCUGUUGAGAAGGACUUUGAGGUGUCAAUAGACGCUCCUGAUGUAGUAGAUGAUCUUCAAAUAGUUGCUAAGAAGGGACCAGAUUCUUGGAUCGACCCAGUUGUUGUUAAUCCCAAAGUCGAUUUGUCUCCGGUGAUUAUGGAACUAGUCCGGUCUACCUCUGCAGGGCUGGAGAAGGGUAAUCUACCAGUCAUGUCUUCAGAAGGUUCAGGGGGAGCCUACUUUAUGCAGGAUGCUCUGGGCCACAACUAUAUUGCUGUCUUCAAGCCGAUCGAUGAGGAACCAAGAGCUGAAAAUAACCCUCGAGGGCUUCCUUUAUCGACGGAUGGUGAAGGGUUGAAGAGGGGAACACGUGUUGGAGAGGGAGCAAUAAGGGAGGUUGCAGCAUACAUUCUUGAUCAUCCUGUCAGUGGAAGCCGCUUAUCUGAUGAAGCAGGGUUUGCUGGUGUUCCUCCGACGGUCAUGGUGCGGUGCUUCAACAAUGGUUUCCAUCACCCUGAGAAUCGUGGGUAUGUGGUCAAGAAUUCCAAGAUCGGAUCCUUACAGAUGUUUGUGAAAAACAAUGGAAGCUGUGAGGAUAUGGGGCCUCGAAUGUUCCCGGUUGAGGAGGUUCAUAAGAUUUCUGUGUUAGAUAUACGCUUAGCAAAUGCUGAUCGCCAUGCUGGAAAUAUUUUGGUCUGCAAGGAUGAGGAAGAAGGGAGGUUUCUCUUGGUUCCCAUCGAUCAUGGAUACUGCUUGCCUGAGAAUUUUGAAGAUUGUACAUUCGAGUGGCUCUACUGGCCUCAAGCUCGCCAACAUUUUAGUGAUGCAACCAUCAAUUACAUAAAAUCACUGGAUGCUGAAGAAGAUAUUGCUCUCCUUAAAUUCCAUGGGUGGGAACUUUCACCAGAAUGCUCUCGCACCCUUCGCAUCUCAACCAUGCUUUUGAAAAAAGGUGUAGAAAGAGGACUCACACCCUAUGAUAUUGGAAGCAUCAUGUGUAGGGAAACUGUUAAUAAGGAAUCAAAAAUUGAGGAGAUAAUCUGUGAAGCAAAGGAUGCUGUUCUUCCGGGCACUUGUGAGACGGUGUUCCUGGAGUCUGUUUCUGAGAUCAUGGAUUGCCACCUUGAUAAACUUUUAUCAUAGUUUGACUGGUUACUGUUUCAUAUUCAUUUAUGAUCAGAUGUAAGUAUGCGAACGAGCAAUAGAACUAUGGAUGGUAUGAUUGUUGUAAGCAUGAAGGCCACCCUAUCAGUUACGUUGAUAUGUUUCAUUUCAUGACUAUUUCACUUUGCACUUAAUAAAUCCUCGACUUUCAAUA